GCCUGCACAAAUAUCUUCUUUCUCAAUUGGUUCAAAACCUGGGUGGGAGAGAGGGAAAUACAUAUUAGCCCUCUCAAAGACCCUGUAUCUCCUGAAAAGCAGGCUGGUUAGCAUGUGCCCAGAUUUUCCCUUUAAUCUUUCCCAUUAAGUUGCUCCACAUUUUUCAGAAAAAGUAAAUGGCAGAGUAGAAGUAUAAGGCAGAGACAAGCCCAGAAUUAUUGCACAAUGGGACUCCCCUAACAAUGAGGGAAACAUCAGAAGUAGGAAAGAAAUGUGCUCUUUUGCAACAUGUUAUCGGUACAUAAUGGUGAGUUAAUUCAUGAAUGAAAAAGUAUAAUACAAUAUGAUAAAUUGAACAACUAAUCUUGCUGAUCAAAGGCUAUAAUAUUAUAAAGCCAAGGAGUCUCCAGAUAUCACAUCAGAACUACUUUACCUAGAUCUUGUGUAAUUUCAGACAAGCAAAGAAACCACAGAAUGGAGCUCUGGAACUCCACCUUGGGAAAUGACUUCACAUUAGCGGAGAUUCUGAAUGACAGUGGGGUUCCCAAACUGCUUUUUGCCACAAUCGCUGUCCUGUACAUGUUGGCCCUGACCAGCAAUGGCCUGCUGCUCUUGGUCAUUAUAAUGGAUUCCUGGCUCCAUGUGCCUAUGUACCUUCUACUUAGCCAGCUAUCUCUCAUGGACUUGAUGUUUGCAUCUGCAGUUACUCCCAAAAUGCUUGUGGAUUAUCUGCAUGGGGAGAACACCAUCUCCUUUGAAGGCUGCACCUUUCAGAUGUUAGUAGUUCUCACUUCAGGAGGUGCAGAGGACUUACUACUGGCGUUCAUGGCCUAUGACAGGUAUGUGGCUAUUUGUCAUCCUUUGCACUACAUGGUCCGCAUGAGGCCAAGGAUAUGCUGGCUCACAAUAGUCACAUCUUGGAUCCUGGCAUUCCUGAAUGCUGUGAUACUCACCUCAUAUACUAUGCACUUUCCUUUCUGUAUGUCUCGGAAAAUCAGGCACCUACUCUGUGAGAUCCCACCCUUGUUGAAAUUGGCCUGUGCAGAUACCUCCAUAUAUGAGCUCAUGGUAUAUGUGAUAGGUGUGAUCUUUCUCAUGCCUACCCUUGCUGCUAUCCUUGCCUCUUAUACAUUUGUCCUAAUUGCUGUCCUUCACAUGUCCUCGGGUAAGGGAAGGAAGAAAGUCCUCAUCACAUGCUCUUCUCACCUGACUGUGGUAGGAAUGUACUAUGGAGCUGCCAUGUUGAUGUACAUCCAGCCCAAUUACUACCAUAGUCCCCAACAGGACAACAUUCUCUCUCUAUUUUAUAUUAUCAUUACUCCAACACUGAACCCUCUUGCCUACAGUCUGAGAAACAAGGAGGUAAUGGAAGCCUCCAGGAGAGUACUGGGGAGAUUCACUUCUGCCCAGAGAUGGUAGAUGCCAAUGUCAUUUGGAAGCCCUAUAGCUUCUACAUGGGACUCCAUAUCUGCACUUGGUCUUAUGCUGGCAUCUUCCACAUUUUGAAAAUUCUGAAAAUCUGCCACACUGGAGAUUAAGUCCUCAUUUGGCCUUAGAGACACGAGUUUGUCUCCAUUAGCCCUAUGUUUCGCUAGCUAAGGAUAUUUUCAUUUUUCUGAUCAAUACCCCAGGAUCUGGUUGAAAUUCCCGUUCUGUUCUAACAGAGAUUAUCUUAUUUUUCACUUCAUGUUUUUCUUUCCCUCCCCUACAACGUUCUGUAUUCAACCACACAGGAAGUUGGCCAGAAUUUUUUCU